UUCAUCCAACAUUCUGUGUGUGUUGCUCUGGACUUCCAGCACCUGCAGAAUCUCCUGUGUAUAAGACUGUGAAGUUCUUGCAUUUGGAAAGUACAUGAAAUAAGUCUGAGGAUGAUGCGGAUCGUGAGGCGCAGUUGCUGGAGCGAAGAUUGACUCUAACAGAAGAGAGGAAUGCAGUCAUGGUCCCAACAGCUGGGAGUGGAAUCCCAGGCUCCCCGGCAAAAUGGAGCCCGGCUACUGGAAUGGAAACACAUGUUCCUGUUAUUUUUCUUGAUUUAAACACAAAUGACUUCAGCUCCCAGGAAGAUCUUGACGGACCGGAACCUGGUGGUCUGGAUGCCAGCCUUGUAGAUGAAGAUGUCGAUGAAAUUUUAGAACUGCAAAUUGCAAAGCAUCAUGAUACAGAGGUGAAAGCAGAGGCUUCGUGGGACUCCAAUGUCCAUGACUGUGCGUCACUGAGCAAAGGAACACCAGCUGAUGAGCGUGUUUUCCUCAUCGUGAAGGCGGCGGUGAAGCUGAGUCAUCCUGCCGACAUGCAGCUGGUGCUGCGUAAGCGCAUCUGUGUGAACGUCUACAGCCGGCAGGGUUUUGCACAAAAUUUCCUGAGAAGAAUGUCCCACAGAAGUACACUGAAUGCAUGUGGAGUGACCUUUGAGAUUGUCUCCAAUAUCCCAGAGGAUGCUCAGGCAUCUGAAGACCGUGAAACCCUGGCACGGAUGGCAGCAGAACUGGAAAAUGCGGAGUCUGCUGAGAAGGAAGCCUACAUUGAGAAAUACCUGCGCAGUGUACUGGCGGUAGAGAACAUUCUUACACUGGACCGCCUACGCCAGGUGAAUGUCAAUGAUAAUGUCUGAAACACUUUAAACUGC